GGGAACUAGGUGCCACAGCUCUUUCAGAUUCAGCCCAUGUAGAACUGUCCGCCAGGCUCUCGGGAACCAGGGAUGUGUGGCCGGCACAGGGGCCAGAACUGAUUGCCCUGUGAUGGGCCCUCUCUAAAGAGAGGGUCUUCUGAGAGGACACCCCAACAGAGACGAGGAGGAAUGGCUGAGCUGUGAGUGAGACGGUUACUGCUGUGCCUGGACCUCCAGCAAGAGCGGCACUCACUGGCCCACACGGAUCCCGUUGGUGCACCUGACACCUGGGAGGCUCUUCAGGGAAACCAAGAUGUCUGCCAACAGCACCACCCAGUUUAUCAGUAUCUCCUACAUCACCAUGGAGGUUGUCAUCGGGCUCUGCGCCAUAGUGGGCAAUGUGCUGGUCAUCUGGGUGGUCAAGCUGAACCCCAGCCUACAUACCACCACCUUCUAUUUCAUCGUCUCUCUAGCCCUGGCUGAUAUUGCUGUUGGGGUGCUGGUCAUGCCUUUGGCCAUUGUCAUCAGCCUAGGCAUCACCAUCCACUUCUACAGCUGCCUUUUCAUGAGCUGCCUGAUGCUGGUCUUCACGCACGCCUCCAUCCUGUUCUUGCUAGCCAUUGCUGUGGACCGAUACCUGCGGGUCAAGCUCACGGUCAGAUCCAGGAUUCCUGAGAUCCCUGGGUACAUCUCACCCUUCCAGCUGAAGGCUCGUUCCCACGCAGUCAUGGGGUUCUUCAUUCUGCUCUCCUUGACUGUCUUUUCAGAAGCCAUGGUCAUGGACAAAAAGGUCAAGGAAAACUUCGUGCUGGACACAGCGUCUGCGGUCUGCAGCUACGACGCCCACUACAAGGACCACCCGAAGUACUGGUGCCGAGGUUACUUCCGGGACUACUGCAAUAUCAUCGCCUUUACACCCAACAGCACCGGCCGCGUGGCCCUAAGGGACACGGGAAGCCAGCUCAUUGUCACUGUGUCCUGCCUGACCAGGGAGGACACGGGCUGGUACUGGUGCGGCAUCCAGCGGGACUUUGCCCGGGAUGACAUGGACUUCACUGAGCUGGUUGUGACUGAUAGCGGCGAAGCCCGCGCCAGUGACUUUUGGCCUGUGAAGGAGCCCUCAGGGAACAAGAGCAGAAGCUGCAGGGCCUCCAGAGUCCUGCACCGGGCUGAUCACUCCAGGACAUCUAUCCUCAUCUUCUGCGUGCUGGUCACGGGGGUGGGGAUCAUCUCCAUCAUCAGCCAUUUGUUCAAAAGGAGGAGAAGUCAGAGAAGCAGGGGAGGUAAAGGCCUGAGUAGAAGCCAGAAAACCAGCCAAGCUUCUCCUGUGAUCCCCACACCUCUGUAAACAGCUCUUGGAAGGCCCUCCCGUGUGUGUCCUGACCCCA